UAGAGGCAGGAAGUUUGCAGCACUAGCAUGUAGUGUGGGUGUUUGUGGCUACUUUCUGAGUGGAGGGAGAGAGAAAGGAAGACAUUUAGGGAGACAGUAGAUGCUCUGGGAUCUUGGUUCUGAGGGAAGGGUUUAUCAGGAAGGGGGGUGGAUAAGGAAGCAGGAUAGAGUAGGAAGCAGCCCAGGAAAAUAGAAGCAAGGUUUGGGAUUGAACACACCUUGACUGUUAAAGGCAGGGUUCCUGGGUGGGCCUGGUAUCCCCAACGAGCUGCUAAUGAGUGGCAUAGGCUUGAAUUGGAGGACUUCUGGGAAGAAUACUCAGUAAGCUAGUCCAGUGAUUUUUUUGAUAUUCUAGAAGGAAAAACUAUAAUGACCUGGCUGGAAGGUGAGGCUACACAGCAUACAGAGAAAGAGAGAGCACUGUAACUUCUGGGGUGAGAAAGAGGUCACAAUGUGAACAAGAGAUGGAAGAGGGUGUCAAACUGGGGGGAACUAUUCCCUAGUCACAGAGAAGAGCCCCAGUGAUAAUUCGUUGGGGUUAUUGAAAAUGUCCACAACAUCGUAAAGGUUGAACCAAGCCGGAGACAAAUUCAUUUCUUCAGGAUAGUCGUCGUCUUAUUCCUUUUCAAGUCUGUAAUAGUUCCAGUUGGCUGAGGCUGCAUGAAGAAGAAUACCAGAAUCCACCUCGAGAGGGCUGACAUGCUACUCAGCUGAGGCAAAGAACUGAAAAGAUGAAGUUAAGGAAGAGAAACUACUGUGUGCCAAUUCCCUCCCCCCUGGUUUUGUUUCGUGGCAGAUCAUUAAACCUUAAAGGAAAUGACAACAGUGAAGCCCUUCCUGAGUCUAUUCCAUCCGCUCCUGGAACAUUGCCUCAUUUUAUGCAAGAACCAGAUGAUGCUUACAUCAUUAAAAGCAACCCCAUUGCCUUGCGAUGCAAAGCCAUGCCAGCUAUGCAGAUUUUCUUCAAGUGUAAUGGUGAAUGGGUCCACCAAAAUGAGCAUGUCUCUGAGGAAAGCAUGGAUGAAAGUACAGGCUUGAAGGUUCGAGAGGUGUUCAUCAAUGUGACAAGGCAGCAAGUGGAGGAUUUUCAUGGGCCAGAAGAUUAUUGGUGUCAGUGUGUUGCAUGGAGCCAUUUAGGGACCUCAAAAAGCAGGAAGGCAUCAGUCCGCAUAGCCUAUUUACGGAAAAACUUUGAGCAAGACCCACAAGGAAAGGAAGUUCCUAUUGAAGGGAUGAUUGUUCUGCACUGUCGGCCACCAGAGGGAGUACCUGCAGCUGAGGUGGAAUGGCUUAAGAAUGAGGAGCCCAUCGAUUCCAACCAGGAUGAGAACAUCGACACCAGGGCAGAUCACAACCUGAUCAUCCGCCAGGCCCGUCUGUCUGAUUCCGGGAACUAUACCUGCAUGGCUGCCAACAUAGUGGCCAAGAGAAGGAGCAUGUCUGCGACAGUCGUGGUGUAUGUGAAUGGAGGCUGGUCGUCAUGGACUGAGUGGUCUAACUGCAAUGUGCGGUGUGGCCGAGGCUGGCAGAAGCGAUCCCGGACCUGUACCAACCCUGCUCCGCUCAACGGGGGUGCUUUUUGUGAGGGAAUGUCAGUGCAGAAAAUUACCUGCACUUCACUUUGCCCUGUGGACGGUAGUUGGGAGGUGUGGAGCGAAUGGUCAGUCUGCAGCCCGGAAUGUGAGCAUCUGAGAAUUCGGGAAUGUACAGCUCCACCUCCAAGAAAUGGAGGAAAAUUCUGUGAGGGCUUUAGUCAAGAAUCUGAGAAUUGCACCGAAGGGCUUUGUAUUCAAGAUAAAAAACUUCUUCAUGAAAUAAAACCCCAAAAUAUCGAGAACGCCAGUGACAUCGCCUUGUACUCAGGUCUGGGUGCUGCCGUCAUUGCUGUAGCUGUGCUGGUAGUCGGCAUUACGCUCUAUAGACGGAGCCAGAGCGAGUACGGCGUGGACGUGAUUGAUUCAUCUGCGCUGACAGGAGGCUUCCAGACAUUUAAUUUUAAAACAGUCCGGCAAGGUAACUCCCUGCUUCUGAACUCAUCCAUGCAGCCUGACUUGACAGUGAGCAGAACGUACAGCGGACCCAUCUGCCUGCAGGACCCCAUGGACAAGGAGCUCAUGACAGAAUCUUCGCUCUUUAAUCCCUUGUCAGACAUCAAAGUCAAAGUUCAGAGUUCAUUCAUGGUUUCCCUGGGGGUGACAGAGCGGGCCGAGUAUCACGGAAAGGCACAUUCUGGAACAUUUCCCCAUGGGAACAACAGAGGCUUUACGACAAUCCAUGCCAGGAACAAAACUACAUACAUUCAGAAUCUGUCAUCUCUUUCAACAAGAAGUGAGCUGAGAACGACUGGCAUUUUUGGCCACCUGGGUGGCCGUUUAGUGAUGCCAAACACAGGAGUCAGUUUGCUGAUACCGCAUGGAGCUAUCCCUGAAGAGAGCUCAUGGGAAAUGUAUCUUACCAUCUGUCAAGGGGAGUCCAGUCUACAGCCAGAAGGCACAGAAGUUCUUCUUGGUCCAGAAGUCACAUGUGGCCCUCUAGAUGUGACUGUCACCACUCCUUUUGCCUUGACUAUACCGCAUUGCGCAGAAGUAAAUUCUGAACAUUGGAAUAUUCACUUGAAAAAAAGAACACAACAAGGAAAAUGGGAGGAAGUGAUGUCCAUGGAAGAGGAAACUACUUCCUGCUACUGCCUGUUGGAUCCUUAUGCCUGUCACAUUCUCUUAGACCGCUUUGGAACUUACGCGCUCGCUGGGGAGCCCAUCUCUGACUGCGCGGUUAAACAGCUGAAAGUGGCAGUGUUUGGCUGCAUGUCUUGCAAUUCGCUGGAUUACAGUCUGAGAGUGUACUGUAUGGACAACACCCCUUGUGCAUUUCAGGAAGUAGUUUCAGGUGAAAGACAACAAGGAGGACAGUUGCUGGAGGAACCUAAGUUGCUGCAUUUCAAAGGGAAUACCUUUAGUCUUCAGAUCUCUGUUCUUGAUAUCCCCCCUUUCCUCUGGAGAAUUAAACCAUUUACUGCAUGUCAGGAAGUUCCUUUCUCUCGUGUGUGGUGCAGUAACCAGCAGCCACUGCACUGUGCCUUUUCACUGGAGCGUUACACUCCCGCAACCACACACCUGUCCUGCAAGAUCUGUGUUCGGCAAGUCAAGGGCCAUGAGCAGAUCCUACAGAUCCAGACAUCUAUUCUAGAGAAUGAGAGAGAAACCAUCACUUUGUUUGCACGUGAGGACAGCAACUUCCCUGCACAAACUGGUCCAAAAGCCUUCAAAAUCCCAUACUCCAUUAGACAGAGAAUAUGUGCGACAUUUGACACACCUAAUGCUAAAGGCAAAGACUGGCAGAUGUUAGCACAGAAAAACAGCAUCAACAGGAAUCUCUCUUACUUUGCUACACAAAGCAGCCCAUCUGCUGUCAUUCUGGACCUGUGGGAAGCCCGACAUCAGCAUGAUGGUGACCUUGACUCUCUUGCCUGUGCCCUGGAAGAGAUAGGACGGACACACUCCAAAGUCUCAAAUAUUACAGAAACUCCGAUUGAGGAGACCGACUUCAGCUACAGCAGGCAAAACGGACUUUAGUCAUCUCUUUUCCAUCCAAGAACCGAUGGCCAGAUUUGACUUUGACAUUAGCAGGGAGGAAAGAAGGGUUUUAUGCACAUUGCAUACAGGGAAUUAGACCUUCAUUUCUACCACCUGUUUUUUAUUUGGAGGAGCAGAAGAAACCCCAGAGUAAAUCAGCACAGUAACAAGGCAAAUGCAAUCAUCUCUGCAACUCCACAAUCCUCCCAGAAUUAAAACUCAUGUCAGAGUAUUGAAAAUAAAGUCUACUUUUCUAUGAUUCCCAGGGGCUGAGAGGGUGGGGAAGCUGUAGAUAUCAUGAAACAGUAAUGUAACCCAGAGAAAAAUAAAAGGAGGCAGUGGGGAUGCUCUAUGACCAAGAAGUUAUUGAAUAUUUAGAGCCACUAGAAUCUCUGGGUUCCAAGAUUUGACCACAUGGCUUGAUUCUCCAUUGCCUUGCACCUUGUCAAUUUACAAUUAAGAGGGUAUAAAAUACUACCAUGCUGAUGUGGUAGCACUGUGCAUUCGCUUUAUACUGGUGUAAGUGAACUCUAUAUAUUGCAGGGCUCCAGAAAAAAAUCAGACCCAGGGUAUUCAGCCAUCCUGGGAAUUGGAACCUAUACAGUUUUAUGUAUGUAACUGAUCUCAAGCAGCCAAUCCACUUCAAAAUUUGAUCAUGUAAUUAACGUACACAUUUGCUGUAGAAUUUUCCUGGUCCUUCUAAUAGCAAAAAGUCCCCCAAACUCUUUUUUGUGAAGUUGUUCCAAGUUUAAUGCAGUAAAAAGCAGCACUUUUAUAACAACCAACUGCAGUACUGGGAAUAGCCACACCUGUUUUAGCAAAUUUGUACGUUCUUGCAUUGCUCCUAAUUUCAGGGCUAAGCCUAGACAGUCAAUCAAGGCAGUGUAACUUUGGCCUGGUUUCAGGUGGAAAUAGAAACCAAGCCAAACAUUGAUAAUCAAAACUGCAAUCAGAAACAAUAAAUCCAAGGGCACACCCAGAAAUUGGCCCACUUUCAUCCUAAAGGUUUUGUGAACUGUGGCAGAGUUUCACAAUCUGAGCUCUGCUGCGUUUCAUCUGGUUUAGUGAUGUUGAUGCAAACAACAAAACGGUGGAAAACCAGAGAAAGUUCCCUAUCUUUUAAAAAUAAGCUACAAUAAGUUACACAAACCAAAAAGGCUGUCUCUCUCAUGUGUGUUCUAAUGGACAUGGUGCAGAACAAGAUCUGCCCAUGACAUCUGUUUUAAAUCAGCUCAAGUGCCAAUUAUGGCAAACAGAUCAUCAGUAUUGGUGGUGUGGGCACAAAUCUGUGUAGUUCAGGAGUAUCAGUCAUUGGAGCCCAUUUUAUUGUAACAGUUUCAAGAAGAUGCAAGAAAUUAAUUUUUUAUAAUCCGGCAGAUUUUAGAGAGGGGGCUGGGAGCAGCCUGACAAACCAAAAAGUAGUUUACAGAACAUGCACCCUAAUGAUUAUCUGAAGCCAUUUCUUCAAAUAAAAUUGCAGUUGUGGUUGUACAAUUAACAACCCCCUUCCAAGCAGUGACUUAGCAAGUAACUGUUCAUUUUCACUGAUCUCCAGUACAAACCUUCCUUGCUUCCCCUGCUCAGCAGUCCAGAAUAAAUACUUAGACAACCCCACUGAGAGACAUGGGCCUGAAAUAUUUCUUGCAUUUCAUUUCAAGCAACAUAGUGAGUUUUUUUUUUUAAGAUACCUUUCUUUUGGCAAUGGGAAGCAGCAGUGGCUCUUAAAUGUGCUUAAAACUAACAAAAUUCCAGCCUAUUCCUCAAGAAAGUAGCAAACCUAUCACUUGUCAUAGCACAUGGCGCUCUCUUUAAUACAGAAGAGGAGGAACUGAAGUUACUAGACACAAAAUUCAAAGAGUCAGGGAUUAAAAGUUUCAGCCAUGACACCAAGAGAAAAGAAAUAUGUACUGUAGUUUUCUUCAAAACAUACUAGAGUAUAUUUCCAGCCGUUAACUUUUCUCUCGACUUCUAGCCAUUCACACAUUUUGGUAACUAACCUAAGCCAAUUUGAAAAAGCAAUCAAACUAAAGAUUCCUAAAGUCUCUCUCUAUAUGCAGUAAUGUAUUUGUCAUUCCAAAUGUUCUGAAUGUUUCCUUGUUGAUUUACAAAUAUGUCUGAUGCACACAAAGCAUAUAGGGGAUAGAGGCAGCUGCUACCGGGAAUCUGGAGUAUAAAGCUUUUCUCAGAAAAUUUAGGGUUUGCUGUAUAGAACUGCAGCUGUUUCUAAAAGAAAUGCCACACCGAGCAGCCGAACCCUGCUUACUGACAUUCAUCAUGUGGAUAAGGUUACUGAAUGCCCUGUGAAGUCUGUUUAGCAAAAGUUGGUCCCUUAUUGGGAGUGAGAGAACUCCGAGAACAUGCACUGUGAGUUAUUCAAAAGCACUUCUGGAGAAGGUCUUCAUACUAAAGGGAGCUGGGGUGUAAACCAAAAAUCUACAGCCUGAUCCAACGACCAUUGAGGUCAAUGAUCGUCUUGCCACUACUGAUUUCAGUGGGCUUUAGAUUAUGCACCUGAAGAGGAACAGCUCUGAAAGUCAGUUUCUUGCAAUCUUUUAGAUACAUGAAACUCAGGCUCUUGCCUCAGUUAAAAGACUGUGUCUAGUGUGGUUUCGACCCUAUUUACUCAUUUUUGCCAGAUUUCCUUGUUUGUCUUUUGAGAGUCAUUUCAAUUAAGAAUGCCAACCUUUUCUAAAUGCACAGUGGUUCUGAUGCCCUUGUAACAUCAAGGAAGCUGGAAAUGGAAAUGCCACAGAAUGAGGAAAAAAAUUGACUGCUGAUCUCAGAGUUGAGGUUAAAGUGGUAACCAGAUUCCUGGCCAGCUUUAUCUCUAAUGUGACCCUAUCUGGCAGCAUGUCAGAGUCACAACAGAAUGAGACACUUCUGAUGAAAUGAUCUCUCCUGACCUCUUUCCUCCAUACGUAAAAUCACCCCCGCCCCCAAAAAAACACGUUUUGAUAUUUGCAAAUUAUAGUCACUUAUUUUUGUGCCCCUCUCCACUUCCAUCGUUUUGUCCAUUACGAGGAAUGGAAAUGCCAUCACUGACAGUAUUUUUCCAAAUCACUCAAAAGCAGGAAGGUGCUGGAAAUCUCAGCAUUUCCAGACCAAAGAGUUUUAGAGAAGAGAGUCCCAGUAAUCAUCUCCUCUAGACUGAUGUUUACCCAGCAAUACUGGAACACAACCAAGAACAGCCCCAGAAAACAGUCCAGGUAUGUCUUCUCUGCUGAGUUAGAACAAUCAGGCAAAAGCCUGACCUAUCUUCCCUCCCUGUUCACCCAGUAAACCAUUUCACACUUGAGCUUAGUGGUUCUUUAAACACAAGCUAGCUGGCCUAACUAGGGGUAUAGAUUAGAGCAUAGAUGCCGAUUUUGCUCGGGCUUGUAACCCCCUUUUCAUUAAGGACUCAGGCUAACUUCCUAGAGUGCUGAGUGUCCUCCUGUGCCUUCCAACAAUUCUAUCACAUGCACAGGUUAGACAAGUUCCUCCACAAUUCACUGGGGGAAAAAAAUCCAAGCAGCUCAGCCCACUGCAGCACCAAGGGAUAUGUCCCCAGGAGUCAAGCAAGAAACACAGCUGUUUGCAACAGCAGUGACAGGACAAUAAAUUGUGUGUGACUUUCGCAGUAUAGCUGCUCUUACCUGUACUAGGCUAAACCCAGAUAUGGGUGCAAAUCACCCUGCAGUGAAGACAUACUUUCUGAUGCUUUACUGCGAUUCUUUCCUUGUGAUCAUUUGUGUUAAUGUUAUCAGAUAGUUUUCUGAAGUAGGAGAGGAGGGUGGUGGAUAAUCAGAUGAACAUGAGCUCCCAAGAUGACAUUGUGGCCAAAAGAGCAAAUGUAAUCCUUAGAUACAUAAACAGGGGGAUGUCAAGAGGAGUAGAGAAGUUAUUGCACCACUGCCAAAUACAGAGGUAAACACACUUUGGAAUAGCGUGUCCAGUUCUGGUGCCCACCAUUCAAGAAGGAUGUUGAUAAAUUGGUGCAGGUUCAGAGAAGAGCCAUGAGAAUGAUGGAGGGAUUAGUAAACAUGCCAUACAGCGAUUGAGCUCCUUGAGUCUAUCUAUUUAGGUUAAGAGGUGACUUGGUUAGAGUCUAUAUGUACCUACAUGGGGAACAAAUAUUGAAUAAUGGGCUCUUCAAUCUGGCAGAGAAAGGUACAACACAGUCCAGUGGCAGGAAGUUGAAGCUAGACAAAUUCAGACUGGAAAUGAGGCAUAGGUUUUUGUUUUUUUAAACGUUUAGUAAUUAACCAGUGGAAUAAUAUUUAAAAUCAAGAUUGGUUUUUUUCCUGAAAGAUCUGCUCUAGAAAUUAUUUUGGGGAAGUUCAACAGCCUGGGUUAUAUAGGGGGUCAGAUGAGAUCAUCACAAUAAUCCCUUCUUGCCUUGGAAUCUAUGAGCAAACACUUUUCAUCUUCAAAGUGCUUUACUGACAUAUGCUAAUUUCCUCAAGUCUCCUCCCUUCUUGUGUGUAUUACCCCCAUUUUAGAGAUGGAGAAACUGAAGUUAAGGAGCAGAUUUUUAAAAUGAUAAAAAAAAUCUCAGCUCCCAUUUGGUUACAUAAAUGAAGUACCCAGCAGCUCAUUAACGGCAUCUUUACUUACAUAGCAUAAAUAAUGCAUGUGAAGUGCUUUAUGCUACAGAAAACAGGAGGCUGGCUCUUGUCAGAGGGUUGUUUUUAUGGAAAGACGAUAUAGGAUACAUUGUAGUUCAGUAUUCCUAUAGAACCAUCAUCUAUAUAAUUCAUAUGCAAAUAGCAUGUGUUGAGACCCAUGGGAGUUUCUGGUGUUGAGCACUUUGGACACUUUAUUUAGAUGCCGAGAUUGGUGCUAAGCCUUUUUGAAAAUCUGGCCAUUCAUGACUUGACCAAGGACACAAAUCAGUGUCUGAGUCAGGAUUAGAACCCAAAUUAAAUCAUCUCCUCUAAUCUAUAGACCAGGCUGCUCUGAGAAGAAGAAUGAACUAUGGGGAGCAAAAAAUGGAGACUUAAUCCUGUAUAGAACUUUAAAGUUCUCUCUAGUGGGCUAGAUUCUGAUCUGGUGAAAAAGUCAAGUCCAAUUUACAACGCUUGAGUACAGUAUCUGCCUUUAUGUGUUUUCCUCCCACUAAACACUUUUUCCCUAGAUCAUUCAGUGCUGUGGCUUAUUUAAGACUAAUAGUUGUGCUUUUAAAAUGAUUUACAAUUAUGUGACCAAAAUGGUGCACUUCACAGCUUCACCAGACUGCAGCAUCAUAAAGUUAAAUUUUUACAACAUUGCUUUUGCAGUCCUACUAGUUUACAUUAAAAUCCUUUAAGCCACAAGGAAAGGAAGGCCUCUGUAGAUGUAAAUGCAAACUUCAUUUACCAGUGUAAGAAGUCCCAUAAAAAUAGGAUGGUGCUCCAUCCCCCCCCCCCCCCCCCAAAUUGUUUUUUCCAAGGGAUGAAAAGGAAUUGACACACAGUUUUCUUUAAAGACAGGAACUAUUUUUAUCUCUGACAACAGGUAUUAUCCUUCUAUGUGGCCUGUACACAGUUUUCUUUCAGCAGAUUCUGAGAGACGAUACUAAGCUUUGAUCACUAAAGCAGAGGUCGCCUCUGAGGAUUAAAAGCUUUAUACAUCAUAUAAUAAAGUCCCUUCCUUUCUUUUUCUCUUUGAAAGACAAUGCCACAGGAAACACUUUGAAAUAUACAGUAAAUUGUUUAAUUCCAGAUAAUGCUUUCCCACUGCCAAAAGCACAGCCUUGAUACAAAAUGGUGUUGAAACAUGAAAAUAAAAAUAGUUGUGAGCUUUUGCUGCCAAUUUUCUUUUCGGUUUGCGUUCCCCACGCAGAAACAAAGGACUGUAUUAUGGUGUGAAUGGUAAUUAGUUGGGAAUUCAUCUCAAAGUCCACAACCACCAGGAAAGAUCUGAACACACGUCUUUCUAGUCCAAUAGGUCCCUAAUUUGAAUGAUUUCUCUCUAUAUACACAGCCCUAAGGAAUUUACUCUCCGCUUUUCGCAUAGUUGUAGAGCUAGUCAUUCAUUGACAAUUUUCACUCUUUUUUCCUGUUAGUAUUUGCUGAAAAAUUUUCCCCAUGAAGGUUGUUCAUGUGGAGUAUUCGUGGUCCGUAAUUGGGCAGACUUGGUCAUGUGACAUAAUUGCUCAGGGAGUGAGAAAAACUUUUCAAUAUAGAGAAGUAGCAACCUGACAAAGAGCACGCACGCAUUUUUGUAUGGAUAUUCAUUUAUCAUGCUAAAAUUUGUGAAAACUUUAGGGAUUCCCCAACAAAUACUGUAAUCCUAACCCUCUUGGUGUAUAACAACUCUAAUACGUGUAGUGGCAAACCAGAUUCAGCACUCCUAUUUGCAGAACUAUUCAGGAGUUAUUUUUUAAUAUACAAUCGAGCUCUACUCUCACCUUAUCCAAACUGGUAUGAACAGGAGUGACAUCUACUUUCCAACAAGAGGAAACAAAAUACUACUUUUAAGAUUAUGGCAAACUCUUCAAGAGUCCUUUGAUAUUAUUAAUCAUAGCAUAGCUGAUGUUAUAGUCAAGAGCCACAAUGGAAAGAAAAAACGUGGUCUCCCUAUUUACUGUUCUUUAAAAUAAAUUCUAGACAUUUGACAGUAUAUUUUUUGUAUUAGAGGUAAAUACUACAGAUUCUGAUUGUGUUUUGUGUGUUUAGGGGGUUGAUAGGGUUGUAUUGUACUUUUCAAGCUAUUGCAAAAGCUGCUUUUAAAUGCUGUUCAGUUGUAUUGAAUAGCUGGUUUGUGCUUUACAAGGGAGUCUGUGGGAGCCGGGAUCUGAGGGUUAGCAGCCUUCAUGCCUUGCUGUCACAGGAUAACUAGAGCUAAAGUCACUUGUGAAAAAUUUAACUAAGGGAUAGAUAGGGUGGGUUAGAAAGCCACCCCGGAAUUGUCAUGUAGUGUACCGUAAUCAAACAAGACUAUACAAUCACCUAGUGUAGAACUGUGGUUUUGUUAGCAGCUACUUAGUUUGUCUGCCUUCUGGUGUGAUGACCCUGAUCUGGAAUGUCCUUUGUGGAUACAGUAAGAUGUCAACCCACAUUGCCUGCGGGGUGUGUGUGUGUGUGUGUGUGUAUAUCCCACCACCUGAUCCCAAAAGGAAACAUGCAGCACAAAACUGAAGUUUCGGGGGCUGUGCACCAAGGCUGGUGUUAGGUUUUUGAUUUGAAGGGGGUUUGGAUGCAGAUGCAAAUAAGAUCUGCCCCAAAGAAGAAAAACCUAUCCUGACAAAUUCUGACCUUCACCAAAAACUGUUUUGUUUUGUUUUUUUAAUUUCCCUAUUUCCCCCCAGUAAAGUUUGAAAUUUUAGCUGUACAGAUGGUUAAAAAAAAUUGAAAAUUUCUGCAAAGACUACUUCAAUGGUACUUCCAAAAUUUCAAUUUAUCUAAAUUUUGCAAUUAAAAAAAAAAAAAAAAAGUCACCCAAGAUUUAUUCCCCCCCAGCACACACACAUCCCACUUUCAAAAAAAAACGUUUUACUGAAUCUUACAAUGAAAUUCUUUGAUGCAUCACUAACCCCACUUCUUGACUGGAAGAUGAAUUUACCUCUGUCCCAAAUUACACUGGGGAGAUGGCAUGCUCCUAGAAGAUAUUUUGGGAUGGGGAAAGGCUGAUCUCAUGGGAUUUGUCACUUGGGAGAUACAGCAGCUUUUUGCCUUCUCUGAGUUAAAUUCAUCUCAGUUUACAUCUAAAUACAGAAGUGCGAAAUACACACAUUUAAUCAAUUUUGGGGAUGUAAAGUUUGAUAUCACUCAGUCGUAUCUGGGCUUAAAUCAGAAGUUUCGUGCAAAGUAGAGCAAGUUGAAAAAGGAGUGUUAUGGCGGGAAUUUGCAAAAAUGUCCAUGAAAUCACCCCUCCCUUCUGUCCAUUUGAAAGAACAAUGAAAAUUUAUCAAAAAUUCGAAAUCUUUGACCAGCCCUUUAGCUAACAAAAAGGGGGUGGAGAGGGGAAAGAGGAAUUUCAUGAAAAUGUAAUUAUUUCCCCAAAUUUUUCUGAAGUUUUGAUAAAGAUCUCAAAAUUCAAAAAAUUUCAACCAGCCCUACUCUAAAGGUACUCCUCUCUUACUCCCCUUCGUUUCUGCAUUGAACAGGGUCUGAAAAUUAGCAACUGGUCCUGUCUCCUCCCUCUCCCCUCCCACCUUUUCAAGUGUGUUUGGUACUGAAAAAAAAAGAGCCCAAGUUUGAAUGCUUUCUUUAACAUGAAACUGAAGGAGUGAGGAAAUGAG